GUGAUACGUAAUCACGAUAGAUUUGCUUCAAUCAUUAUAAAAUGUUAUCCCGAUGCUAACAUCACUUUGGAAUUUUCUAAAGAUGAUUUAUUAAAUUAUUUUUCGAAUUUGGCGAGAAUUCCAAAAACAGCAUUGUACUUAAUUUCUCAAGAUAAAAGUGGUAUAUCACUUGAAGAAUCAAGAGAUUUUG